AUGAUGUUACACUUGUUGGCUUCUGCGGGACUGGGAAUUGUUCUCAGCUGGUGGUUGGUAUACACGCAGGUAGAAUCUUGGUCCCAAUGUCGUUGUCAACCAUCGGAAUCAUGUUGGCCGUCGGGACAAGAGUGGAACGUGUUGAAUGAGUCGAUGGAUUUUAAUCUUAUUCCGCUAAACCCCAUUGGAUCUGUCUGUUACGAGCCGAAUCUGAAUCACCACGCCUGCGAGGAAGUCAUGCACCUUUCGAAAGACAGUGGAUGGAGGGCGGCCCAACCCGGUGCAUUACAGGAUUGGAUAUGGGAGGCUGGCUCGUCCGAUGCAGAGGCAUGUCCAUUAGGGUCCCAAAUGGCGAACCACACCACGUGCCAUCAAGGGCGCAUUCCUCUCUAUUCGGCGAUGGUAAAUUCAGCCAAGCACGUCCAAGAAGCGGUUUUGUUUGCCAAUCAGCACAACCUUCGCCUCACAAUUCGUAACACGGGCCAUGAUUUGAAUGGACGGUCUAGCUCUGCCAACUCGCUGCAGAUCAACACUCAUAGUCUGCAAGACAUCAAAUUCCAUGAGGACUUUCAGCUACACAAUUCCCGUAAAUCCCUCGGGCCAGCGGUGAGUAUUGGGGCCGGUGUGAUGAUGGGAGACCUCUAUGCUAGAGCAGCUGCCAAGGGCUAUAUUCCGGUUGGUGGCGACUGCCCCACAGUGGGAGCCGCAGGCGGGUUUCUCCAGGGAGGAGGAAUCUCGGACUUUCUGAGUCUCCACCAUGGACUGGCAGUGGAUAACGUUCUCGAAUUUGAAGUUGUGACAGCGAGUGGUGAGCUUGUUCUGGCCAAUUCCAUACAAAACCCGGAUCUAUUUUGGGCACUGCGAGGAGGUGGUGGUGGCACAUUUGGAGUCGUUACUCGAGCCACCGUGCGGGUCUUCACUGAUGUCCCUGGCGUGGUUGCCGAACUCGGUUUUCAGGCAACCCAUUCUCAUGGAGAUUGGUCUCAAGCACUGGCGUUGUUUUUCACCAUCUUGCAGUCGCUAAACCGUGAGAAUAUUGGUGGACAGCUGGUCAUUGCCGUGCUACCUAAGCAAACCAUCCAGGCAAGCCUCAGGAUGUUCUUUCUCAACCGAACCGAAACUUUGAGUGUCGAUCAGCGCAUGCAGCCAUUUGUCGACGAAUUGAACCGCAUAGAGAGAAAGGUGACGUACAAGUCAACGGAGUUCUCCACGCUCAGCAGUAACUAUCGACAAGUCCCUGACGUUCACACCGACAAUGAUUACAGUGUACUCGGGUCCACAGUUGUGAUUUCGAAUCAAUUGUUUAACUCUUCCGAGGGACCCUCUCACGUGGCACGGGCUCUGGCGAGACUACCCUUAUCUUCAGGUGAUCUGAUGUUCACCAGUAACCUUGGAGGGCGGACUAUGGAAAAUGGGAAUCUCGUUGACACAUCCAUGCAUCCGGCAUGGAGGGCUUCGGCGCAGCUGAUCAACUUUGUGCGACCAGUCGAUCCAUCAAAGGGACGAGCGGCUGCAUUUGAUACCCUGACCAACGUUCACAUGCCCUUACUUUACGCGAUUGAUCCAGGAUUCCGGCUGUCAUAUCGAAAUGUGGGAGACCCAGGCGAGAAAGACUUCCAGCAGGUCUACUGGGGAAGAAACUACGCCCGCCUCUUACAAGUCAAGCACAUUUGGGAUCGGCAUGGACUGAUGUUCAGCAAACUAGGGGUGGGCAGCGAGGAAUGGGACUCGGAGGGCAUGUGCAGGGUCCACCCGGCGCUUAUUCGUUGGGCUGCAGAUAGGCUCCGCAAAUUAGCUUAUGUGGUGCAUAUCUGA